AAGGAAUUGUGAGGUUAUGGUACUGUCAAUUCAAUUUAUUUUAUUUACAGUUUUUAGUUUUUCUAUAUUUAAAUUGAAGAAAACUGAAACAGAUAUCUUUUAACUGAAAGUCUACAAUGAAUCUAGAUUCCAUACCAAGAGAUCUGAGAGGUCUGAGGGCUUGUUUAGUAUGCUCUCUUAUAAAAAAUUUUGACCAAUUUGAGAAGGAAGGAUGCGAAAAUUGUGAAGAAUUUUUAAGAAUGAAAAACAGCCACGAUAAUGUUUAUGAUUGUACUAGCAGUAAUUUUGAUGGAAUGAUCUCUGUAAUGUGUCCGGAUGAUAGUUGGGUGGCUAAAUGGCAAAGAAUUAGUCGCUUAAGCAGAGGUGUCUAUGCCAUUUCGGUAUCUGGUACCUUACCGAAGAGUAUUAUAAAGGAUUUGAAAAGCAGAGGCAUUACUUAUAAGAGUAGAGAUACAAGUCAAAGAUAAGGGACAAAAUUACUUUAGAAUGCAGCUUCAGCAAAUGCAAAAAUAAGAAAAAUAUGAUGUUAUUGACUGUAUUUACAAGUGAUUUAGUUUUAUUUUUAAAAACUUGUGAUAAUUUUCACAUUAUAUUAGUUUCAUUUUAUAAAAAUGGUGUAAUUGUUUUUAAUAUAUUGACUACUUGAAUUA